GCUCAGCCUUCACAGCUCGAUCCCUGCUUUUUAGCUGAGACGGAGGCUGUUGGCCAUGGCGCUGGUUGCUGUCCGACGCUCGCGUGAUUUUCCAGAGGGCAGAGUGUUGGGCCUGGAUUGCAAGCCUCUUAAGCCCUGCGGGACUCCACAAACACGCAGACCACGACAGGUGGCGCCCACCGGUUGGACAAUGUGCGAAUGUGAAGCUGAUAAGGAAUGGGUUCUUUGCGAUCGAGUUGAUGCUGUGGCGGCUGAAAUGGCUGCACGCAUUCAAAGGCACUUGUGUGAAGAGACCAUCUCUGAUUUGGCAGAAGUGGAUGUGAUGAAGGAGGCAACUGUGCGGCUUGCUGAAAUUCAGCUAGAGCAGGGCAAUGUGGAGGAGCCAGGAGCAGUGGAAGAGGACAUUGUUCAUUUUUGUGUGGGUUUCGCAGGUUGUCUCAAGAAGGUAUACAACUUUUUCGGGUUACUCUUCGCUACAGGUCCUUGGGUCGUUUCUGUGCCAGGGACCGACCUUUGCAAUCAGCAAUCUUGCCAUGGCGCAAUAGGUCUCAUGGGUUGAUUACUUAGUAGCUUCUUGUUGUAAGGUUUCUCAAUUCCCUUCUUACUAUUAGCGAUGCACUUGUUUCUAGUGCGUGAAGUUUGUGGUCCUUGGGAGCCCUGGUUUGAUAUCUAGGUUGCGAGUGUUUUUCUCCAGCUUGAGAGAAUUUGUAGCAUUAAGGUUUCACCUGUGACAUGUUGCGGACAUGCUCUUUCCCCACGUCCCGUCUGCCCGCCUCAGCGCACCAGUUCAACUCACACCAGCCCGACUCGCACCAACUCAUCUCACAUCAGCUCAACUCACACCAACUCAUCUCACAUCAGCUCAACUCACACCAACUCAUCUCACAUCAGCUCAACUCACGCCAACCCAUCUCACAUCAGCUGAACUCACAAUAGCUCAACUGACACCAACUCAUCUCACACCAACUCAUCUCACAUCAGCUCAACUCACACCAACCAAUCUCACAUCAGCCCAGCUCACACCACAACUUCCACAUCGACAGCUUGAAGUGUUCUCCCGGCAUGCCUGUCUGCAUUGCACUCGUUGUACAUGCGCGAUCUUAUGAUCUGGUGGCGGUUUAAAUGCACCAGGAACAUGGAAAUGACCUCCAAGCAACGGACAGUUCAAAUGAUAUUGGACGCGUCUGGCCGUAGAGUCACAAGCAGCCGGCCUCGUGAAUACGAAUGAAGUUAAUUGUGGAUUUGUGUGGUCCAUUGAUAUACGUGGCACCUAGCUCAAGUCGAGAUCCAUUCAACGCAAUUAACCUAUGGCAUCGAAGGAGAUUCACAUAUUGGAUCCUCUGAUUGGGUUACCCCCUCGCGAUCGAAAACAAUCCAUGAAAUGCUUGUUGAGGUCACUUUGGGAAGAGAGCAGUUGAACAGGUGAAAUCACCAUACGAAUCAAUGUGUUCCUGGACGGUAGCGAAUGCAAGGUGUCACCAAAAGAUUCCCACCAUCGAGCUCGCCUUCUCUGACCAGCCUGCGUUGUGGAUCCACAGUAACCGCGCCAAUGGAUCGCGAAGGAAGGAGGUCGAUGCAAAAGAAGCGUGGGGCCAGUCUCGAACCGCUCACGGUGAGAUGAGUUGGUGCUCGAGGAUGAGUGAUGAUGACAUGCUUGUCACAAUGCGUUCCAGGCAUCGACGAUGCUUUGUUGAGCAUGUCCCCUUGCCUGGGCAUCAGGCUUCACCUUGAGAAAGCGCCAGGCAGAUGGCCCAUUACAAAUGGGCCCUUUGGUGCCAAAUUGGGUCAUUCCAUCAUGUUUGUCUGACUUGUGUCUAGGCAUGGGAACUCAUUGUCCGCUUUGCCGAAGUCCACAAGCAACAGACAGACUUUGCGCUCCAGGCAGUCCGUGGUACGCGUUGAUUGAACAGAUUGUUGAUGAAGCCAUGAUUGCAGCCAAACAGCUAAAAGCUUUAGGGUCUUCCAUUUGAUAAAUCGUUUCUGUCCCAAGCAAGCCCAUAGGCGUAUCAACCUUAGAG